AUCAACAAAGUGUUGGUGAGAGUGUGUGGAGAAGGUGUCAAGUUCACAGUGGAGGGUGGAGGUAACGGUGUACCUGGGGGCGUUGUUGGCCCCAAUGAGGUGAUGAUGGGCUACGGUGGUGCCGUGGGGACCAGUGGCGCUAUGGGACCCUCUUCGGGAGCUGAUGUGCUCGGUUCAACUGGUGAUUACAGUCCCCAGGGUACCCCCAACUCCCUGGGUGGUCACCCUACGGGGUCCGUCGAUCCUGCUGGCACCUACAAUAUACCCGGGAGUGCCGGGGCCCCCCUUACCACUUACAGCCCCCAAGACAGUCCUGCCAGCUCUGCUGGAGCCAGUGCCAAUAAUAAUGAAAAGCUGCCCACCUUCGGGUUUACUCAGGAGCAAGUUGCCUGCGUUUGUGAGGCGAUGGUGUCAUCUGUCCAGGUACUCCAGCAAGCCGGUUCCAUAGAGCGUCUUGGCAGGUUUCUCUGGUCAUUACCGCAGUGUGCACGACUUCAGCGGCAUGAAAGUGUGCUAAAAGCCAAGGCGAUUGUCGCCUUUCAUCGGUGUAAUUUCAAGCAGCUUUACCAAAUUCUCGAAAGCAACUCCUUCAGCCCCCACAAUCAUCCAAAGCUCCAGGCCCUGUGGCUGAAAGCUCAUUACAUCGAAGCUGAAAGACUUCGUGGCAGAGCACUUGGAGCCGUUGGAAAAUAUCGAGUGAGACGGAAGUUCCCGUUACCAAGGACGAUUUGGGACGGAGAAGAAACGUCUUAUUGUUUCAAAGAAAAGUCAAGAAGUGUUUUGAGAGAGUGGUACGCUUCAAAUCCGUAUCCGUCACCAAGAGAGAAACGCGAACUGGCUGAAAGCACUGGGUUGACUACUACACAAGUCAGCAACUGGUUCAAAAAUAGAAGACAACGUGAUAGAGCGGCUGAGCAAAGCCUCAGUAUGGAAGUUCAAUCAGAUGGA